AGGUUAGGAACUCGAACCGACAACACCAGGACUAAGGAAUAUAUUACACAUUUAACCCCACACGGAUACAGGGACUUUCCAAUAUGGUUCGGGUUUUUUCACCCUUCUGUGUUUUGGUGCUGCUUGCUGCUGUUGCUGUUGCGAUUACAAACUCUGAGCCUCUUGUAAGAAAAAGAAGAGAGUGGAUUCUCCCUCCAAAGCCACUAGUGGAAAAUAAAGACUAUACCAAAGAGGAAUAUAUAGCAAAGAUUCGUUCAGAUUGGGAAGAUGGGAGAGGCAACAUCGAUUACAGUCUGGAAGGCGCUGGUGCAAGUCAGCAUCCCUUUCAUGUGUUUAGAGUCGACCCUAAAACUGGAUUUAUACGAGUAACACAAAUACUUGACAGGGAGAAGAUCGCUACCUAUAAUCUGUCAGGUGUUGCCAAGUUCAUUGAUGGAAGUCAUGCAGAAGAAAAAAUUGACAUACGAAUCAAGGUUGUGGACGAGAAUGACAACAGUCCGGUAUUUGAAGAGAUGAAGCCAGUUAAAGUGAAAGAGCACAGUCGAGUAGGAACUGAAGUUACGAAAGUCAAAGCAACUGAUGCUGAUGAACCAGGGAAUGAAAACUCUCAAAUCGCCUACACACUUGUGAAACAGACUCCAGAUGAUGACAUGUUCUAUAUCAAAAGAGAUGGAACUCUCUGUGUUAAAAGGGACACCCUUGACAGAGAGACAACAAGUCAGUACCUUCUGACAGUGAAAGGUCAAGACUUAAACGGCAGCCCAAUGGGAAACACUGGAACAGCCACUGUUACCAUAAACGUCAUAGAUGUGAAUGACCACCCUCCCGUUCUGGAAAAGAAUGAGUAUGAUGGCAGAAUCAAGGAAAACACAUAUGGUGUGGAGGUAAUGAGACUCAAAUCACUGGACGAGGAUCAGGUGGGAACUAAAAACUGGGAGGCUGUGUAUGAUAUCAUCAAAGGCAACGAGGCCGGGUACUUCAGCAUCAGAACAGACCCCAAAACUAAUGAAGGCAUCCUGAUGCUCGACAAGGCUGUUGAUUAUGAAGAUGUGAAGGAUCUCGACCUUGGAAUAAUUGUGAGGAAUGUGGCUCCACAAUAUGACGGAUCUACAGAUUUCGAUCAAACUGGAUUUGGUUUCGGACCAGGAGCAGGUGUAGCAGGUGUUGCCGGCGGAGAGGGAGGAGAUGUAAUAACUGGAGCUUCCGCAGGUGGAGGUGGUGGUUCUAUAGUAACUGGGGCAGCUAUCCCUGGAGUGGGUAUAAGUGGAGGGGCAGGUGUAGAACCUGGUGUAAGACCCGGCACAGGACCUGGUGUAGGACCCGGCACUGGACCUGGUGUAGGACCCGGCACAGGACCAGGUGUAGGACCAGGCGGAACAACUGGUGGCAGUACAACACCAGUUAAAGUGUAUUCUGUCAAAAUAAAUGUGGACAACGAGCCGGAGGGGCCAAGUUUUAACCCAGAAAUCAAAGCUAUUCCGAUCUCAGAGGGAGGAGACGUCAACAUUGACGACGUCAUAGGACUCUACCCUGCCAUAGAUGAAGACACUGGGAAACCAGCUGAGAAUGUCCAGUACGCAAAGGGCUUGGACCCUGCCAACUGGCUGAUCAUCGACCCAAAGACAGCUAAGAUCAAACUGAACAAAGUUCCUGACAGAGAGUCUCCAUACCUGGUCAACGGGACAUACUACGCUAAAGUUUUGUGCAUUUCACAAGACAUGCCCGGUAAAACAGCCACCGGUACCAUAGCGAUACAGGUCAAGGACUUUAAUGACCACUGCCCCACCCUGACCAGUAACAUCCAGACUAUGUGUCUCCAGCAAGACGCAGUUAUUGUGAAUGCGAAAGAUGAGGAUGAUGUCCCGAACGGAGCUCCUUUCCAGUUUAACAUCAUCGAAGAGGGAACUCAGGGCAAAUGGCAGGCGGAACAUUUGAAUGCCACUGCAGCCAUCCUGAGGGUCCAUGAGAACUUGUGGCCUGGUGAAUACGAAGUGGAAUUGGAAGUGACAGACUUGCAAGGACACAGCUGUCCUGAACCACAGAGAGUGACGGUCCAAGUUUGUACCUGUGAGGAUGGAGUGAUGUGUGGAAAACGAGGAGCCCAUGGUCAAACCAGCAAAUCGGCACAGUUAGGACCUGCAGCCAUUGGACUGAUGUUCCUGGGUCUGCUGCUGUUACUACUCCUCCUUCUGCUGUUGCUCUUCUGCCGCUGUGGGGGUGUUGGUGGUCUGUCAUCUGCCUUUGCUGACAUACCUUUUGACACCAAAUCACAUCUCAUUAACUACCACACUGAGGGCCAGGGUGAGAACACGGAUGUUCCACUAAUGAAUGUGCCAGUCGCAGUGGAAAUGGGGUCUGCUAGUAAAACUUUAGCAGUACCAGUAAUGACAGAAAUUGGAUUAGAAAGAUCUGUCAUGGAUGGGAUGCUUGUCAUGGAUGGGAUGCAUUCCAUGGGUUCUGGUUAUGGAGCUGCCACCAUGGAAGGAACAUGGAGGAACAUUGCCAGUGGCAGAGAUUUUUCCUAUGAGUUUGAAGGCAGAGAAUCAAGAGGAAUGUUUGACCACAUGGCUCUGCCAGACCACUUCCUGGAACAGUACUACACUGAGAAGUUAUCAAGAGGAAUGGACAUCCAUGGAGUGAAGGACAGUCUCUUGGUGUAUGACUAUGAGGGCCAGGGUUCCUCUGCUGGCUCAGUGGGCUGCUGUAGUAGCCUGGGCGCUGACAACGACCUGCAGUUCCUCAGUGAUCUCGGACCAAAGUUUAAGACUCUGGCUGAGGUGUGCGGUGGUAAGAUCUCAACUGAAGUCAAACCAGUGAUCACUCCACUGCCCUCCACCUCCAUCCACACUGAGAUAAAACCAGUGAUCCCUCCAAUGCCCAGUGCAACCAUCAACACUCACACCUCAGUGUCCACUGUGGUGUCCAACCAACAGCUGCCCCCUCCACCCAAGCCUGAGACGACCAUAUCCAAAACUGAGCGCACAGUGGUCAAGGAGACAUCCGAGCGCUCUCAGAUAGUGAAAGAGAACACAGAGUCAGAACACAGAGACAGUGUAAGAGAACGGGUGAACAGAGUGAACGAAGGCAUGACAAAUCAAGGCCAGGUGCUUAUGCUGCAGCAGCAGCAGCCUGUCUACUACACCACCACCCCUAUGCUGCAGCCCAUGCACUAUGUAGUCCAGCCACAGGUUCCAAACACUGUGCUUCUGGCUGAAGCACCAGCCACUAACCUACAAGGAAUGGUGCUGGUUAAUGGAACUCAGACCGUCCCCACCCAAGGUCUGGUUGUCCAAGGUCAGACAAUGAUGGCCACUGGCCAAGCUCCUGGACCCAGCAUGGUGCUGGUUGACAACAGCCAAGUCCAAGGGGCCACAACCAACUUGGUCCACACUGGUCCCCUGUCUGGUUCCCAUUCUAUGCUGGUAGUGGAUGGAGCAGUUCCAUCAGGGUCCAAACAGGUGCUGACGGGCAGUCAGACCUGCCUUGUGCAAGGAGCCACUUUACAGCCAGGGGGGCUGUCAGGAUAUCAAAGAGGGCUUUCAGGAUCUCAGAGAGUUCUUGUGGUUGAAGGGUCACCACGUUUGAAGAAGGACUUAUCUGGCUCUAACAGACUCCUCCACAGUAAGAGCAGCACAUCCCUAUCCUCUGCCACAGUAAACACACCACCCACCUACCGAAGGGUGGUGGUGCAAGAGACCAAAGAAAUUACCAAAUGACAAGGAUUAUAAUGACAACAGUGAACUUUUCAUAGCUGGCGAUGGGGCUAUCCCUGGUUUAGGAGCAGAUUGAAUCAUUGGAGGACUCAACUGACAAUGGAGAGAAGACAGGAAAACCCAAAAUCAGUGGUCUCUCUACGAACACUCGUCUCCAGUACAUUGUUUAAUAUAUCAAGGAAAGGGAAAGCAAAUUUUAAAAAAAAAUUGUAUAUCAAAUACAAAUAUACUACACACCAAAUGUUUUUAUAUUGCUGUCUCUUUCAUUUCCUCUUUGUGCACUGACUCAGAAUGUAUACACAGCUUCCAUAAUGCAUUAUUUAAGGGAAUGUAAUGCCAUUACGUCAGUGGUGUUUAAACUUCAGCUGAGCUCCACAUUUAUGUGAUGUUACAUGACUGUUACAUAUGUUUGUUACAUUUGUCUUAUGGCAUGUGGGGUUUGUUUUUAUCUUUAUGUUGUUUUAUACUACUAAGAAUAAAGUUUUGUGAA